CGGCGCCAUGUGGAUAAAUAUGGAAAUGGAUUGAAGUUACAGUGAGUUUUUUUAAGGUUGAGUAUUUAGUUUGUUUACAAUUCAGAGCCAUUCUUUGUCGUUUGAGUUGUUCUCAUUUUUUUCUCACGUUUCAUAGCCGAUAAGUCAGCAUGAGUGCGGAAGAAAGCAAAAUUCAAAACAUUUGCAAUUGCUUGCAUAUUUUGACUAAUGAUAUCAAAAUUACGGAAUGUAUUGAAACAACUAGAUAUAAUGAAAAUGUCAAGGAUUCUUUCCCUCAUGAACUGAGAAGAAAUGUGCACCGGGCAUUCCAUAAGAUUGAAAAUUAUUCAGAAGUAAAGGCCUUUGUCACUGAAUAUAUUCAGCCUUGUUUCGGAGAGAAGUGUACAACCUGUGACUAUUUAAAAUUCCUUCAAUUAUGUUUGGUGCUUUUAAGGCUACUGAAGUUAACACUUUCAGAAGAGAGUGAAUUGACUUCUAAAAAGAGUGAUGCCUCAAAAUUGCCUAUUCCUAAAGAAUUACUUAAUAUGUCACAAAAAAAUGUUUUGAGAAAGAGUUUGCAAUUUGCUGUUUCCUUGGGCAUCUUGCCAAACUUAUUGAGAGGUAUUGGAAUUCCUUUAUGUAAACGUCUAAAACAUGCAAUAAUUUUGGAAUGCUUUGCAUCUGAAAGCACUCUUUAUCAAAAACAUAUACAAAUAGCUGUGUGCCUAGAUACCUUAAUAGGGUGUUUGGAAUGUGAAGCAAUGCAAAGUACCAUUUUAACAAGUCAUGGAACAGAUAUCUUAGCUGCUCUUUUGCAGCUGUGUCAUGCUCCUAUAAAGAAGGUUGAAAAUGCUGAGGAGUUAUCGACAGAGUUUCCACAAUCAGGUAAAUUAUGUUUUAAAUUCAUGCUUUCUGCUAUUAAAGAUGGCACAAAUCAUACUGAAGCACAAAUAAUCAACAUGAUGCUGGCCCAUCGAAAAUAUUUUGCUCCUCAUCUGGAAACUUUUCUGAAACAAAUAUGCCCAUCCCUAUUAAUGUGGGAACUUUUACUCUUUCAAGGGAUCCCAAUUAAAUUAGAUGGAUCAGAAGUAGCCAUGUCAAAGUCACCUCUUUGGUUGAGAAAAAUUUGCAAUCAAUUGUGGACUGAUAUGAUUCUUCAAAAUCAAGGAAUCGCAGAUUUAGUUCAAGUGGUUCUAGAUAAAGCUUAUGAUGCUGAUUACAGAACUGGUAAAGUAGAUACCACCAGAAUUGAAACUGUGGCUCGUUUGAUAACCUACAAUCCAGUACGGCACAUUUCUCUUGCUGAUUAUGCUCAACAAUUGUCAAAGCAGGUAUUUCAAUUGCUCCAUGUGAAAGGAUCGAAGAUGGAUGGACUCUUCAAAUAUCUUGCCUGCUGCAUUAUUCUUCAGUUUUGUGAACGGGAUAUAAAGUCUGCUGAGCAGCAUUUUCUUGUGAAAUUACUUAAGCCACUUUGGAACUGUGUUCGUCAACCAACAAAUUUGCAAGUGAAUGUUAUUGUCAAAGAAAUUGAAUUAACUACUUGCAUAGAAGAUUUGCAUCAGAUUUUUGGAUUUUCUUCACAUUGUCUGAGUCACAAGUACAUAAAGUUGCUCUUCCCAUUCUCUCAUUGCCUGUGUAACAUGUUUUUCUUUUUGCUCAGAGGAAAAUCUUCUUUAAAAACAAAGGUGAAAAACUUGAUUAAUAUUAUUCUCAAAAAUGCAACAGAUGAAGAAGCCUUAUCAUUGCUUCAUGCUGUAUCAUUUUCUAAUAAUAAGCAAUGUGGAGUUUACAUUACUAAAGUGAGUUUUGCCAAUGGUGAAGAUGGUGGCAUUGUGGCUGUCCAGAAGGUUGAAGAAGAUUUUCCUGAUGAAAUUGUUCGAUACCAUGCAAUUCUGGAUCUUCUCAGCGAACUGCAAAAUAAGAAUCUGAAUCGAUCUUAUAUAUUACUUGUCUUGAAGGAAUUUUGUACUUUUCAUUUGGAGUCCAAAGAUAAUGUAAUGGAUCCAGAAAAUAUAAAGGCUGGGAUUCUGUUUAAUGCUUUACUUCAAGAGUUAUCUGAAUGGAAUGUUGAUAUUGGAGAAGCUUUAAUGUCAAAUAUAUCUGAAGUUAUAGAUAUAUUAAUGACUUUGCUUGAAAGUAUCUGCAAUUGCCGGACUGAUGCAACAUUUUAUGAGAAAACUCUUUGGGUUGUGCUGAUGAUUUUGAAUUCAAUUUUAGAAAGUGAUGAUCAGCUUACUGCAGCUGACUGGUCUUCACUGAAAAAAUGUCUUCCUAGUUUGAAAAAACUUCAAAAAUCUGAUAUUGAUUCUGACUUAAAAGAAAUAAUAUUCAGUAUCAUCAUUCAUAUUGCUACUCAUGGUGCUGCUUGCAAAAAUGGCAUAGAAAUUGUAAAAGAUUUUGUGACAAAUUUUCCUGACCAUGCUAGUGUAGCUCUAAAGCCAAGUGAACAAAGUUUACUAGAUUUGGUAGAGAAAUUUGACCGAGAAUGCAAUCUGUCAGCUCAGUCUAUUAAGUCAAGACCUCCUUCAUGCAUUACAUCAUCUAGUGAAACAUGUUCCAAGGCAACAUCAUCAUCUGUCAAGCGCAGUCAAAGUGAAAAAGGUGUGCCAAAACAUAAUACUAAUUCUUCAAAAAAAUCUUCAGACUCUGCAAAAUCCUCUAAAUCAGAUGAAUCUGCAUCUAAGAAGAAAGAUUCACCUUAUAUGCUGGCCAUGAGAGAUGCAAGGACUAGUUUAGUACAUAUAAAAGGAAAUGGACUUAUUUCUUUAGUAAAUUUGCUUAAAGAGAAAGAUGAGGAAACUCUUCAAAAUAAAAAAGAAAUAUUGAAGAUUCUCAAAAAAAACUUGGAAGAUGAAGAUUCCCAUGUUUAUCUACCUGCCAUCCAAGGACUAUCAGCCCUUGGAGCUAUAGAACCUGACUUUGUUCUUCCUUAUGUAUUAAAUCAGUAUCAAUCCUGUGGAGAUAAGCAUAUUUUUUUGAAGUUUCAUGAAGUUCUUUUGAAAAUUUGCAAUGCCCUUGGAGAUUCACUGUCUAAAUAUAAGGACAUACUUCUUCAUGCUUAUUUAGCUGGAACUAAACGUGAUGAUCCACAAAUUCGUUCUUCAAGUCUUUCUAAUUUAGGCCAAGCUUGUAUGUUCUUGCAAUUCCAAAUAAGUAAUCAUUGGCUUCAAGAAAUAUUAAACUCUAUUUUGUCCUUCUUGAAAACUGACCCAGAUUUGGAAGUACGGCGUUGUGCCGUGAUGAUUUUCUAUCUCUUACUGAAAGGACUUGAUAAAGGUGUACUUUCUGGAUUGGAAAAUGAAAUGAAAACAAUUUACUCCCAAUUAAAGAUUAUAUAUAAUAGAGAAAAGGAUGAUGUGCUUCGUCAGCAUUCACAUAUGGCUUUAACAGAGAUAAAUGAAAUAAUAAAAAAGUUUAUGGCCCAGAAAGAUACUGUGUCAAAAGAAAUCCGUGUGCAACAAUGAACCUUUUAAACCUUUUGAGUGUUUUUUAAUAAGUUUGUUGUCAUUCUAAUGAAAACUUGUUAUGAUAAUUUACUUAAUAAAAUAUGAAUUUGCCAAAUA